AUGAAGCUGUCAAGAGUCACUCCUUUUACGCUCUUGGCAGCAAGCUGUCAGGCUGCUUAUGUGCAGUUUCAAGACUGCGCUGAUACGUCGGUUUCCAAUAAGUCGCUCAUUCCGGAGAGUUUUCGCGCGAGUGUUGGGCUAGGGGGGGAUGGGUUUGAGUGGCGGUUUGAUGUUAUCGCUGGGCAGGCGGAGCGGAAUGCCUGUGAGAUUGAUAUCGGGGAUGUUGUACCGAGAUUUACGGUUAUCGACUAUGGGAGCGACCCGAAGGAAAUCUCAGGAGAGAUCGUCAACAUGUCCUGCUACACUUCCGAAUGGCUCGGCCCAAGAGCUCAUUUCACCAUCGCGUCUUCGUUCAAGCGAUCAGCGUUCCUCGACACUUUUCGAACAACCUUGGAGAUGACAUCGAAAGACAACGAAUCACUCUCCUGUAUUCGAGCAGUCCUCACACCCGCUGCCCCGGAGUCCAUUCGCCUUCUGAGUCUCUGGCUUCCCAUCGCCACUUUCGCCUUGACCUGUAUCGCCGCAUGUUGGCCGGCCCAACAACCCACCAGCUCCUUAACCUCAAAGAGCGGCCGUAUCGCACGCGCCAUCAAUCUCUUAGCUUAUAUCCAGUUUAUGUUUUUCUCCGGCGCUCUCAGCCUUCGAUACCCUGGCUUCUUCCAACCUCUUGUCGGCCUCUAUAGCUGGUCUACACUGAUGCUGCCGGCUGGACUGGUAGAAACCGACUCUCCUUACCCACGAGCCGGCGUCAAAGACGGCAUUUACGAACACAAUGGAACGAUCACUGGGGCUCCGGGCUUGGAGCUUUUGACGCAAAUGACGGGGUCGCCAGUGAAACCUCAAAGCUGGAUGAACACCUUUGUCUUGUCGCUCCUUAUCUUUUUCUUCCUUUACUUAUCAUCAUAUAUCAGCUUCCGAUUGAGCCAUCGCGAACCAAUCUCGAACUUUACUCUGGCGACUCUAGGAGCGCAACUCAAAGACCGAUACUGGACUGUUGUCAGGAUCUUCCUCAGUUGUUUCAUGCUGCCGAUCAGUGCAUGGGCAACCUACCAAUUCCUCGACGACCAGAUCUUCGGAUAUCGAAACUCAGCCAUGGCAAUCAUAACCCUGAUUGUACUGUUGGCAGGCUUCUGGUGGAGUUGGACAAGGGACUCUGACAUGGGAUCGCUGGUGAUUCAAAGCCCAGGCCGGCUGAACAAAGACCCAGAAUCCGGGCGACAAUACUACGCUUUGGUGUUGUUCUCUCUGAUGUUUCUACGAGGAAGUGUCAUUGGUGGAUUGCAAACGUACACCUCUGUUCAGCUUGGUGUUCUGUUAGGGUGUGAGAUUAUUCAACUUCUAGCAAUGACCUUCUGGACAAGGUUUGCAUGCUUCAUUUCCCUUACAGGCAUCCUGUCUGUCUCAAGACUGGCCCUGUUCGCACUUCACAUUGGCUUUGUUCCUGGCCUCGCUAGUCAUUCAGGCAGGAUGCUUGUCGCCUAUAUCAUUCUUUGUGGUCAUGUUAUCGUACUCACUCUUAUCUUCCUUCUGCCCGCGGCUAUCGACAUGGCGCAUCUUAUCAUGUACGGCAGAGCCGUAACGAUGUCGGAUGCCGAAAGAGGGGCAUCUGUCAGAGAAGUCCCUCGGCCUGUUGGGCGCGUCCAGACAGAUAUUGAAUCGCUUCAGAAGUCGGAGCCAACCAAGAAUACCAAUUCCAAUCGUCAUACUCAAGCAUCCUCACCAGACUUCAAUAAGCUUCUGUUAGAGAUGAUCCUCAAGCGCGAAAAAGACAAUUCUAAGAUUGGUCCAGCAUCCCAGAAGGCACUUACACAGUUUCUGGAAGACUCAAAGGCGAAAGAUAAAAGAGCCGAAAUCAAGAAAUCCCCGAAAGGUUUCAGUGAUUCUUCCAACAUCUCAGUAGUCGACCUACUCUCUCAUCUAUUCUCGGAACAAAAUUCAGCUGUCCGCAGCACCCCUCUGCACCAUAACCUCGAUCGUCCUAUCAACGAAUACUUCAUCUCCUCUUCUCACAACACGUACCUGCGUGGCCGCCAGGUCGCUGCCCGGUCCAAGCUCAAAGGUUAUAUCUCAACACUCUCACAAGGUUGUCGAUCCGUGGAAGUAGACUGCUGGGAUGGCCGAGACGGGCAACCCAUAGUCAAGCACGGAUAUAGUUUGACAACUUCUAUCAGCUUUCGAUCUGUCAUCGAGACUAUCAAUAAUUAUGCCUUCUUUGCUUCUGACUUGCCUUUGUGGCUAUCGCUGGAAGUACACUGCAGCCCAGCACAGAGAGAUAUCAUGGCACGUACCAUGCUUGAGAUAUUCAGAUCGAGUUUGGUGGUCGAGCCACUUGAUGCUUCUGCCCAGAAACUCCCUUCGCCCAACCAGCUACGGGGAAAGAUCUUGCUGAAAGUCAAGGUAGCUCAAACUCCAGAGCCACUUCAGGAAUCACUUGCACCUGAAUACUUGAACUUGGACGGGGCUAUGGAAGAUGUUGAGAUAGACGACCCCCAGGAUCUGCCAGGCGAUUUACUACAAAGUCUCGCAGUAUAUGGAGCGAGCAGACGACUACCGAAAGAUGCAGAGUUCGACACACAUAGGAACUUCAUCUACUCUGUUUCUGAGCGAAACUUCAAGAAACACAACAGAGAAAACUGUUCGCUCGAACUAGCAAGAACACAUCAUCUUGUUCGCGUAUAUCCUGAUCCAAAUAGGGUCGACUCAUCCAACUUCGACCCCCUCCAAUGUUGGAGACAUGGGGUUCAGAUGGCAGCUCUGAACUGUCAGACUGAUGACUUCUACAUGAGUUUGAAUCAAGCAAUGUUUCAUGGAAGCUUAGGAUAUGUACUGAAAGAUCGGCCGCAACCAACGAAGAUCAGACUCCAAGUUGAUGUUCUCAUGGCACAGGGUCUGAAGGUUUCAACAGGUAGUGGUCCCGUUUACGCCAAGAUUCAGCUGAUUGCGCCUGAUACAUUGAAACAGAAAGCACGGACGGCGGCUAUUUCUGUUCAAGGCUCAGAUGUAACCCUUGAUGAAAACUUGGAGAUGUCGAUGGAGACGAACUAUCCUUAUCUCACAUUCCUGCACUGGUCGGUCAAGACCAUGUCCAACGGGUGUUCUAUGUCGAUUGCUUCGGGUACCGCUAAGCUUGACAAUUCUCAAGUUCUCAACAAUGGAGACCAGAAUCCUGUCGGGUCUACAAUGGUUACUCUAGCCGUUCGUGUGAUGUGA